AUGAAAAUUGUGAUUAAUAAAGGUUGUGAGAAAGAAAAGACGACCAACAAUAUGGCCGAAGUUAUGAAUAGCAGAGGUGAAACAGCAGUAACAAAUCCGUUAGAUCCAACAAGCAGUGAUGAGGAAGUUGGAAAAAAUGAUGAAGCAUUAACGUCAUUGAGAAAUGGUGAUGUUUUGGACGAAAGAACUCAUCGCACUGAAGAAAUCAAUGUUGAUCUAUCGAAAGAUAAUAGCCUGAUUGUUGAUAUAUCGGAUGCUCUUUCUGAAAGAGACAAGGUGAAAUACACAGUUCAUACGAGGACGACACUUCCGGAUUUUUCAAAAAAUGAAGUCAGCGUUGUACGAGAACAUGAAGAAUUCAUUUGGUUACAUACGUGUUUGGAGGAAAAUGAAGCAUAUGCAGGAUUUAUUAUUCCUCCAGCUCCACCACGACCAGAUUUUGAUGCAUCACGUGAAAAGCUUCAAAGAUUGGGUGAGGGUGAAUCAACAAUGACAAAGGAUGAGUUCCUAAAAAUGAAGCAGGAAUUGGAACAAGAAUAUCUUGCGACAUUCAAGAAAACAGUCGCUAUGCAUGAAGUAUUUCUGUGUCGUCUUGCGGCGCAUCCGGUUUUCAGAAAUGAUUCCAAUUUCCGGAUAUUUUUAGAAUAUGAACAAGAUCUUUCGGUCCGUGCAAAAAAUAAAAAGGAACUUGUUGGUUCGUUUUGGAAACGAUUAACACAAUCUGCCGAUGAAGUAUUAUUGUCGGGACAGAAAGAUGUUGAUGAUUUCUUUGAACAUGAACGAAAUUAUUUGAUUGAAUAUUACACACAUGUGAAGGAAGCUUCAUCGAGAUGUGACAGGAUUUCCCGGCUUCGUAAAAAUGUAGCCGAUUCAUAUGCACGGAUUGGUACAUGUCUCGAAAAAAUGGCGCUGCAGGAGUUGGAUCGCGAUCUGCAAAAGGACUUGGUGCGAGGGUCAGCCACUUUUGAAAAGCUGAAGAAACAUGAGAGUCGAGUAGCGACUGAUGAAGAAUUAAAAUUGGGUGAUACUCUGCAGUACUAUAUGAAAGAUACUGAUGCUGCUAAGGAUCUUUUGUAUCGUAGGAUGCGUUGUUUGGCAGAUUAUGAGGGGGCGAACAAAACGCUAGAGCGCGCCAGAGGACGUAAUAAAGAUAUACCAAGGGCAGAAGCAGAACAGAGUGAAGCUUGUAAGAAAUUCGAAGAUAUCAGUGAAGUGGCAAAAGGUGAAUUGUUGGAUUUGAAGAAGAGGCGAUUGGUUGCAUUUAAAAAGAAUUUAACGGAUUUAGCUGAUCUUCAGAUUAAGCAUGCCAAGGCACAAAUAGCUUUAUUGGAGCAAGCGUUGGACAAACAACAACAACAACAACAACAACAACAACAACAGCAACAAUUUGAUUAA